AUGAAAAAUGCUAAAAUGACGAUUAGCGAGUAUACUGUAGUUAGUAAGAACGUAGUAAUAUGUGCUAAUGAUACAGUUACCUCCGUUACACCACCAAAAGAAGUAUUGAACACAAGUAAUAGCCUUAAAACAACUCUUCCAGCAGCACAACCUGAUGCUAAAAAUGGAAAUGAAGAUACAGGAAGAGUCGACACAAAUGUAACAACAAUAAUGACGAAUCCUGAAAACAGUGAUAAAGUAAAAUCUGCAUUUUUGAAAAAUGAAACUGGGGUGAAGCUUAAUGGUGUAUGUGGUGCAGAAGUAGGAAUAUUUCUGGUUCCUCAUAUAUACAUAUAUCUUCAAACAAAAGACACAAAUAUACAAUUACAGUCAGAGUUAAUACCAAUAGAUAAAACAAUCAUACUGGACAAAGAUAACAUCAUGGACGUAAGGAAAUUUAGAAUACCUACCUUAGAUGUGCCAAUAUCCUCAAUACAAGUACAUACAUGGAUAGGCAGUAAUCGCUCCUACAUACUUGAAAGUAAAAAUUAUGCAAUAAAAAAAGGAAUUCCAGAAAAAUGUGAAACAAUAGCUACAAAUUGCUUUUUGAGUGGAUUCACAGAUAUUGAAAAAUGCUAUAAAUGUACCUUGAGAGUAAGGGGAGAACAGCAUUCUGAUGUGUGUUAUAAAUUUAUUUCUAAGGUGGAGGAUACACAAAAGGAUGCGGACAUUCUCACUGCAGGUAGCAGUGAAGACUCUGAUGAAUACAAACUUAAAGAGUCCAUUGAUAAUAUAUUGAAUCUAAUAUACAAAACAGAUGUGAAUAAUAAUAAAGAAUUGAUAAAAUUGGAAGAGUUAGAUAAUACCUUAAAAAUGGAAUUAAUAAACUAUUGCAAUUUACUGAAGCAGGUAGAUAUGAGUGGAACUUUGGAAAAUCACGAAUUAGCUAACGAUAUAGAAACGUACAACAAUUUAACGAAAUUAUUAAUAAAACAUGAUAAUGAGAAAAAAACUUCAUUACAUGAUAAACUAAAAAAUCCAGCGAUAUGCAUGAAAAAUGUACAUGAAUGGAUAAAAAAUAGAAGAGGAUUAGUAUUGCCUCAAAUGACAUAUAAAAAUGUGGCAGAUAUUAAUAAUGUACACCUUAAUCAAAAUGAGGAACUACAAGAUAGUAAUAAUACAAGUAGAAAUAUAUACAAAGAAGGGAAUAAUGAAAUCAUCGAUUUAACCGAUAAUAAAAAUAAGAAUGUUGACGCUUCUCAUUUUACAGAUAGUAUGUUUUGUAAUGAUGAAUAUUGUGAUAGAUUGAAGGAUAAGAAUAGCUGCGUUUCAAAAAUAGAAGUACAAGAUCAGGGAAAUUGCUCAAUAUCUUGGAUAUUUGCAUCUAAGUUGCAUUUAGAAAGUAUUAAAUGCAUGAAAGGGUAUGAACAUGGAAGCAUUUCGGCUUUAUACGUAGCUAACUGUGCAAACAAAGAAGCCAUGGAUAAAUAUCAUGUUGGAUCUAAUCCACUAGAAUUUCUUAAAAUAAUUGAUGAUAAAAAGUUUCUUCCUUUAGAAUAUAACCUCCCAUACGCAUAUGCAAAAGUUGGUAAUGACUGUCCGAAUCCACAGAAACACUGGACGAAUUUAUGGACAGGUGCAAAAUUAGUAGAUUCUAAAAAUGAGCCCAAUUCGUUGGGGGCUAAAGGAUAUACCGCCUAUGAGAGUGAUAAAUUUAGGGGAAACAUGGACACGUUUAUCAAAAAAAUAAAGCAUGAAGUUAUGCACAAAGGAUCUGUAAUUGCUUAUGUAAAAGUAGAAAAUGUAAUGGGUUAUGAUCUUAACGGAAAGAAGGUGCUUAGCGUAUGUGGUGAUAAAAAUGCUGAUCACGCGGUAAACAUCAUUGGAUGGGGAAACUACAUAAACGAUGAAGGAAAGAAGAAGUCUUACUGGAUAGUCAGAAAUAGCUGGGGUAAGUACUGGGGUGACGACGGAAACUUUAAGGUCGACAUACAUGGCCCGGAAGAAUGUGAACACAAUUUCAUUCACACUGUUGCAAUGUUCAACAUAGAUAUGCCAGUGGCCCAAGUUGUUAAGAACAAGGAUGCUGAAAUAUUUAAUUAUUAUGGAAAAACAUCCCCCGAUUUUUUUAGUAAUUUAUACUAUAAAAGUUUGGAAUCAGUAAAGAAUAGUAAUUCAAGCGGUGGAACAUUCUUAGGACAAAAUUCGAUGGUGCACGGAAACUCAGGGUCAGAUACUAAAGCACAAGAAGUAUCAGCAUCAUCAUCAUCAUCAUCAACAACAACAACAACAGGAGAGGAAGGUACAAAUCAUCAUCAAACAUCACCUGUUGUAGGAGGAGCAGCAGGAGGAACCGAAGAUACAACAGGAAAGCAAACAUUGCCUACAGAAGAAAGCGCAACAGUAGAAAAACAGGACGGUGCAACAGAGAAGGAAGUAUCACCACCAGCAACAGGAACAGUAAAGGGAACAACAUCAGGUGAACCAUCAGCAGCACUGUCAAAAGGAGGAGAUACAGUUCCAACAGUAAAUGACCCAUCAAAAGAAGAAGUAGCAGGAAACGGUAAAGGAACACAGGGAAGUCAAGCGAAUAAAGGAGCUAAUAGUGUUGAAAAUGCAGCAUCCUCUGAAUCGAUUGAAAUAAUACAUAUUUUAAAACACAUUAAAAAUUCCAAUGUAAAAAUGGGUUUGGUUAAAUACGACCAUGAAUAUGAAGUUGGAGAGCACUCAUGUAUGAGGACCUCUUCAACAAAUCCAGAGAAGCAUAGUGAUUGUGUAAAAUUUUGUAAAGAAAAAUUCGAAGAAUGUGAAAAGGAACCUAUACCUGGAAUCUGUUUAGCAAACUUGUAUAAAUCAGAUGACUGUUUUUUCUGUUAUGUAUAA